AUGUUACUGAACCAAAUCGAUCAAUUUGCAUUCGAGCCAGACUGGCACGCUCUGCUUGCCUCCCCUCUCGUGCUCGGCGGAGACUGGGCCGCCGCCCUCGACGCCGUCGGCAUCCCGGACGAGCCCGAAGACCAGCUCGACAGCUGCUACAUCGCCGCCCACAGGAUUCCGGAGUCCCCGACGCCAGAUCAGCCAGAGGCAGCGUCUCAGGGCCUCGGCGCGUCCCGCACAGCCGCAGGAGCUGCCCGUCUCCGCAGCCUGCCCACCAGGCCAGACGUCGUCGUGAUCCACUCCCGGCAGCUCACGGCAGGGGACGGGCCGGUGGAGAUCACGCGGGAGCGGCUGGCAGAGCACUUCCACGAGAGCCUCGAGGUCGCGGCGGCCAAGAUCGGCAUCGGCAAGUCGACGAUGAAGCUGGUGUGCAGGCGGCUGGGAGUAGGGCACUGGCCGUACAAGCACCAGGGGAAGCGGGGGAGCAAGGGAGGGAGCCGGAGGGAGGUGUACAGCAGCGAUUGA